CUUACGUUAUUUUUAGUUUUCUCUCCCGGUUGAGAAAAACACGUUUAGACUUUUAAUAAGAAAAUAAAAUCACUUUGCUUUGUGUUGUGUUCAUGUUAUUUCCCAUGCCUUUUGUAUGUGCAACAUUUCUUCUGUUCUCGUGCCAAACACAAUCAGUUCAUUUUCAUCUAAUCAGUGAAAAUCGGUUCUCCUUGUAGACAGGUAGUUUGAAACGUUAUCAAGGAGUUCGGGGUUGCUUGCAUGCUCAGUGCCCUAAAUCGGUGAUAGACUACAUACUCCUUGGCUUUUCAGUCAAAUGUCCUCACGAAUUGUAAUUUUUAUCUUCAUCUGUCCUAAAACGUCAUUAAAUUAUCGUAAAAUCUGUGGGCUGAGAAGUGAAGUGCAAAAUUUUUCCGGUGUUAUGCAAUAUGUGAACUAACAAAUAAACAAUCUGCGUUUCAAACCUUAAAAAAUUAAGCGUCGGUGCUGCGGUUUUGCUACUCAAUAAUCGAAUCAAUCUGAUAUAAGACGGCGUUCUAAGUGGUGCUGUUUGGGUUUCUAUUAAACAACUUUGGAUUACGUUCAGUUGAAAACAGUUUUCCUGGAUUGGUGUCGGCUUUUUACUAUAAAUUCUUGCAUUUUGUGGAGUGAAAUUUCGAGUAAGCAAAAAUGAGUGCCCGCGGAGUUAUCAAUCGACAAGGUUCAAAUGAUUCGUGCUUUACCGAAUGCGGUAAUGUCAGAAAAAUUCCUCAGCCCAAAAGUCCAAAUAUUUUGGAUAAACCAUUCUAUUUUGGGAUAGACUCCCCAACAGCACUAGCGGCCAAUGCUAAUUUGCCACCUGGAACUCCAAAUGGACCAACUUUACCAAAUGAAAUAUCUGCCCCGUAUGAAGUACCUCAGUUACCUAUUGAACAGAUUGAAGAGAAAUUACAAAUACAACGACAGCUCAAUGUUAAGGCCUUGGGUGAUAAACUUUCCAUAGCGGCCGAAGUUAAUUCAAAUGAAAACCUCUCAAUCCACGAGCAGGAUAUUGUGCCACAUUUUCAACGGGUUUCAAUUUCUGGAGAGGACACUAGCGGUGUUCCUCUAGAAGAUUUAGAACGAGCCUCACGUCUAGUCAUUCAGGCCUUAGAACUGCGUGAGAGGUAUAUGUCAACCUCAUUGCAAACUUUCCCAACAACCACAACGAGAUUCCUGAAGUCUGUACAUGAGAAAGAUCGUUUCAGUCAUAUUGAACACGAAGACAGGAAAACCAUUGCAGAGUUAAUCCGCAAGAUCAGCCUUCCUCCUGCUGAAGAUCAUCCAAUACAUCCUCCUGUAGAUGGAAGCGAUCCUUGGGAUUUGGAAUUUCCACCAGAUAAGGAAUAUUGUAUCAAAGCUGUAGAUGGUGUCUUUAAUAUUUUUGAGGAUAAGGAAUGUAAGAAACCUAUAAACUAUGAAUAUACAAAGCUGGACCAGUUCGUAAAUGAUAUGCAAGUGAUGUGCUUUAUGAUUGCCGAUGGACCAUUAAAAUCGUUUUGCUACAGAAGAUUAAGUUAUCUUUAUUCGAAAUUCCAACUGCACGUUCUAUUGAACGAAUUACGGGAAUUAGCGUCACAAAAGGCUGUACCUCAUCGUGAUUUUUACAAUAUUCGUAAGGUUGAUACUCACAUACACGCAGCAUCUUGUAUGAAUCAGAAACACCUAUUGCGCUUCAUCAAGAAGACCCUAAAGAAGAAUGCUGAUGAAAUUGUCACAAUUACCAAUGGGCAACCGAUGUCGCUACAACAGGUCUUUCAAUCAAUGAACCUAACAACGUACGACCUCACAGUUGACAUGCUGGACGUGCAUGCAGAUCGGAAUACCUUCCAUCGCUUCGAUAAGUUCAACGCAAAGUAUAAUCCGAUCGGCGAGUCACGUCUCAGAGAAGUAUUCUUAAAAACAGACAACUACUUGAAUGGCAAAUAUUUCGCUCAUAUUAUCAAGGAAGUAUCAUUCGACUUGGAGGAAUCAAAGUAUCAAAAUGCUGAGCUUAGAUUGUCUAUCUAUGGGAAAUCAAGAGACGAGUGGAAUAAGUUGGCGAAGUGGGCUAUCGACUACAAUGUUUACUCUACAAACAUUCGCUGGUUGAUUCAAAUUCCACGUCUAUUUGAUAUCUACAAAACAAACAAACUGAUGACCUCAUUCCAAGAGUUCAUUGAUAACAUCUUUCUUCCACUCUUCGAAGCUACCAACAAUCCUUCGAAGCAUCCUGAACUCCACCGCUUUAUGCAGUACGUAAUCGGCUUUGAUUCAGUCGAUGAUGAGUCCAAACCAGAAAAUCCGAUAUUCGAUGGCGAAAUUCCACCGCCACAGAAAUGGACAGACGAGGACAAUCCCCCAUACGCCUACUAUAUUUACUAUAUGUACGCCAAUAUGACGGUUUUGAAUCAAUUCAGGAAGGCGCGUGGAAUGAAUACUUUUGUGUUGCGUCCCCAUUGCGGUGAAGCCGGUGCUGUCCAACAUUUAGUGUGUGGCUACUUAAUGGCUGAAAAUAUUUCUCAUGGUUUGCUGUUGCGCAAGGUGCCAGUACUUCAAUAUUUAUAUUAUUUAGCACAAAUCGGUAUCGCCAUGUCUCCACUAUCUAAUAAUUCGCUGUUCUUGAAUUAUCAUCGCAACCCGUUGCCCGAGUAUUUGGCACGAGGUCUGAUUGUGUCGUUGAGUACAGAUGAUCCGCUGCAAUUCCACUUCACUAAGGAACCCUUAAUGGAAGAAUACAGUAUUGCUGCUCAGGUCUGGAAGUUGAGCUCAUGUGAUAUGUGCGAAUUAGCACGGAACAGUGUCAUUAUGAGUGGUUUUCCACACAAGGUAAAGCAACAUUGGCUUGGACCAAACUACACGCGCGAGGGUGUUGCCGGCAACGAUAUCACACGAACCAAUGUACCGGAUAUUCGUGUUGCCUUCCGUUACGAGACACUACUUGAUGAACUCUCGAAUAUAUUCAAAAAUGGUCUGCUUUGUGACAAGGUAGUUAUUCCGAAAGGAUCUGACAAGUGGUGGUCAGAUGUAUAUUUGACGAAGAAUUAAUUGGACAAUUGGCUAUUAAGGGCGGAGGUGUUUCGAAAAGUUGGUUUCAGGGAAAAUAUGGUCGCAAGUUCUGCUGUUUAUUAUGUGGAAAUGUAUAUUUAUUGAACACUUCUAUCCAUAUUAAGACGUUUUUUUUUAUUUAUUUUAUUCUUAAAGUGUCGUUACUUGUGAAAAUUGAUAUUCGCUUUACAGUUCGGAAUCUAUCACAAAAGAUUUACCCUUAAACUUCAAUUGGGGAUUCAUAGUGCAGUUUACUAUAUUCUGUGAGUUCAUCGAGAGGAAGGUGAACUGCGUUCCACGCUUCAAAGUAAUGCAUCUCGUGGAAAAACAAACUCGCUCUUAAGAGAAAGUGCGCGCAGAAUGUGUUAAAUUAAAAGCAUUUUCUGGAUAGGCUAGUUUUUCAUAUGAAUCUACUUUCAUGCCGUGGGGCAUGUUAUUUUAUUACAAAAAUAUCUGAAAUAAAUUAUUUUUAAGAUAA